AUGGAGAAAAAAGUGAAGAAGAAAUUCACAUUAUUUAUAUAUUUAACUAUAUUUAUUACAACAAUAUUGUUUACUUUUCCAAACUCGAUAUGGGCCGAAGAAACUGGGGCUGAGAAGAAAGCAAAAGUGGGUACAGUUAUUGGCAUUGAUUUGGGUACCACGUAUUCAUGUGUCGGAGUUCAUGUUAACGGGCGAGUUGAAAUUCUAGCCAAUGACCAAGGUAAUCGUAUCACACCAUCUUACGUCGCGUUCACCGACGAAGAACGACUAGUGGGAGAAGCGGCCAAAAAUCAAGCACCCUCAAAUCCAGAGAAUACAAUAUUUGACGCAAAACGAUUAAUUGGUCGACGAUUCAGUGAUAGAGACGUGCAAAAUGACAUAAAACAUUUCCCGUUCAAGGUUAUCAAUAAAGACGAUAAACCAGUGAUCCAAGUAAAAGUGAAAGGUGAAGAUAAGAUAUUCACACCCGAGGAAAUAUCAGCCAUGGUUCUUGGUAAGAUGAAAGAAAUCGCAGAAUCAUAUCUCGGGAAAAAAGUCACGAAUGCGGUUGUAACAGUGCCUGCUUACUUUAAUGACGCUCAACGCCAAGCUACUAAGGAUGCCGGUGUGAUUGCAGGAUUAAAUGUCAUGCGCAUUAUUAAUGAACCAACCGCAGCGGCUAUUGCUUACGGUCUUGAUAAAACGGGAGGUGAAAGGCAGAUUCUCGUUUAUGAUCUUGGUGGUGGUACUUUCGACGUGUCUUUACUAUCCAUUGAAGAUGGAGUAUUUGAAGUAUUGGCAACGGCAGGUGAUACUCAUUUGGGUGGAGAAGAUUUCGACAAUCGUGUGAUUGAUCACUUUAUUAAACAAUACAAAAAGAAAACCAAACUUGAUGUAAGCAAAGACUUGAAAGCUGUUGGAAAAUUGAAGCGGGAAGUUGAGAAGGCGAAACGAACAUUAUCACAGCAAAUGUCGACUCGUAUUGAAAUUGAAUCAUUUCACAACGGAAAAGAUUUCUCGGAAACUUUGACUCGUGCCAAAUUCGAAGAACUUAAUAAUGACUUGUUCCGUAAAACACUGAAACCAGUAGAACAAGUAUUAAAGGACGCUGGAGUAAAAAAAGAGGAUGUUCACGAUAUCGUAUUGGUUGGUGGAUCAACUCGUAUUCCCAAAGUGCAACAACUUCUCGAGGAAUUUUUCAAUGGCAAGAAAGCUUCAAAGAACAUUAAUCCUGACGAAGCUGUUGCUUAUGGUGCUGCAGUUCAAGGUGGAAUUCUUAGUGGUGAUGAUAAUGUUUCGGAAGUUUUGUUGGUUGACGUCUGUCCAUUGACUUUGGGUAUCGAAACAACUGGUGGUGUAAUGACCAAAUUGAUUCCACGUAAUACGGUAAUCCCUACCAAAAAAUCACAAAUUUUCUCAACUGCCGCCGAUAAUCAACAGUAUGUACUCAUUCAAGUUUACGAGGGUGAAAGAUCAUUAACCAAAGAUAAUAAUUUACUUGGAAAAUUUGAAUUGACUGGAAUUCCUCCAGCUCCACGUGGUGUACCUCAAAUAGAAGUCACUUUCGAAAUGGAUGCCAAUGGUAUUAUGAAAGUUUCCGCGGUCGAUAAAGGAACUGGAAAAUCAGAAUCAAUAACAAUCACUAACGACAAAGGUCGUCUAUCAAAAGAAGAAAUUGAUCGUAUGGUCGAAGAAGCAGAACAGUUCGCUGAGGAAGAUCGAAUUCAACGUGAACGCAUCGAAGCACGUAAUCAACUCGAAUCAUUUGUAUACUCAUUAAAGGCUCAAAUAGCAGAUGAUGGCGAUCUUGGCAAGAAAUUAAGCGACGAUGACAAGAAAACGAUUAGAAAUGCAAUUAAAAAGACCAUCGAAUGGCUCGAUGAACACGGAAAUUCCGCUACAAAAGAUGAUUUAGAUGAGAAACGAGAGGAAUUACAAUCGAUCGUUAAUCCAAUUACAAGCAAACUUUACGCGGGUGGCGAAUCAUCACAGGAAUCUGAAGAGCCAUUGAAUAAUCAUGAUGAGUUAUAG